AUAGAAAGGAGUAAACCCAAAACAUUAACCCUACUUAUCAAAGAAGAGGAAAUGGGAAAGGUGGAAAAGGAACAUGAUAAGUUGUCUCCCACACAAGAGCCCAAAUCCCAAUCUUCUAAUCCAUCAGUACUCAUGUCCUGUAGCAAACAUUGAGUCUUCUUUGUACUUAAGAAUAAUUCACAACACCCGUGACCACACAGCUACAAACUCCCAACCAUUACAUACCAUACAUAAUUCCAAAAGGAAGGACUUCACAUGUCUUUGUUUCUUGUGAGUGGACAGAACCUUUCCAUCCCCUUGCAUUACCAAUUCCUACAAUACCAGCUACCCACGGGCCCCAACAUUUUACAACCCUUUCAUCUCCAAACCAUAAAUCAAAGUGCUUCAGAGACAACCCCAAGCUUUGCUUGCACAUCUGUAUUCUUAAAAACUCCAACACUCCAACCUAUCAUGAAUCCCAGAAUCCUCGUUGUUCUUGUUCUAGUUCUUUUCACCAAGAGCUUAUCCCUUGAGACUGAUUCAAAGCCCACCUCCAACAUCACUGUGAUGGGCACUGUCUUCUGUGAUGCCUGCUCUAACAACACCUUCUCCAAGCACAGCUACUUCUUGCAAGGUGUUAAAGUGCGAGUUGAAUGCAACUUCAUACUGAAUUCCAAGUCGAAGGAAGACAUAUCGAUCAUGGUUGACAGAACCACAGACAAAUAUGGAGUUUAUAGGCUCAACAUCCCACCAGUCGAUGGCUUUGAAUGCAUGGAGGGCCAGGAGAUGGAGUCCUUCUGCCGGGCGACCUUGAUGGGAAGCUCAUCUUCUCUGUGCAACGUCCCUGGCUUGAGCAGCUCAACCGAGCAUGUGGCCGUCAAAUCUAGAGACGCCGGUUUGUGUCUCUAUAACUUGAAUGCCUUGUAUUAUAGGCCAGCCAAGAAGGAUCCUGCUUUGUGUGGGACUAAUACUGGACAGGAAUCUAGCACUGUGAAUUCCUCAUUGUUCUUCUGGCCUCCUUUUUUCCCACAUCUUCCUUUUCCCUUCCCAAGUCCACCAUCAUUCCCUUUCCCAUUCCCUCCCAUACCAUUCUUCACCCCACCACCAUCUUUUCCUUUCCCUUUGCCCCCUUGGUUUUCAUCUCCAAGUCCAUCUUUUCCUCUUCCCUUCACCCCGGCACCGAAGCCACCAGCUUUCUCUUUCCCUCCAAUACCCUUCCUCUUUCCACCGCCGCCGCCUCCGCCAUCAUUCCCCUUUCCGCUGCCACCUUUUCCUCCCUUAGCUCCAAUCCACUUUCCACCAUUGCCUCCCUUUACUCCAAUUCCAUCUCUAUUACCACCUCCGCCACCACCACCUCCACCUCCACCACCAUCUUUUCCUUGGCCGUUCCCACCUUUCCCAUUUCAUCCUUUCCCUCCUGGUCCACCAACUGGCCAGCCAUCACCACCCCCACCCGUGUUUUCGCUUCGAGACCCAAAGACUUGGUUUCCUUCCGUUCCUCCAUCCCCUCCUAAUAAACCAUAGAACCACCAUCCACUCUUGUUACCUUGUAGCUUUCUUAACUAAUUACCAAAGUUUUUUUUUUUUAUUUAAAGUGAGUCACUGUACAAGUUAUUUAUCAUAUAAUGUCGACAAUGGCAGAAUUACAACAUACUUUGUUAGUUUACAAUGUCACAGCAGUUUAUGGAAUUUACUUGCUCUGGUGUAACUUACAAAUAAAGCAUGAACAACUACCUGCUUUGGAAGGUCU